UCAUCGGCACCACCACGGGGGUCGACUUCUUUUGUCAGCGCCAGGCAAAUUCUCGACGAUUCCAAUCUGCACGCCUCGACAGCGCUGCCUCUGCCACGCCCAAGCACCGGCCAAUCCCGCGGGCGCUAGACACUGGCGGCCUGCGCCCAAGUUUCCCCAUGAGAUAAAACGCGAUUUCCUACCGAGAUUUCCUCUUUCCCCUGCCUCUCCGGUCCCCCGAACGACCCCCCUUGAGGCCUCUCGAAUUUGUCCGACAUGACGAGCUUACUGCGACGCUCUGCCGGUCUCGCGCGCGUUGCUCGUCUGUCGCUCGGCGCCCCUGCUCGGUUGACCAUACGAUCGUCCCCGUCUCUCCUGCGCACGUCGCGGUCGGCUUGGCCGGGCCAAUGGCCUCGAUACUAUUCUGACGACAAGAAGUCCGAGCGCUCCGGUGCUAGCGAUGGAGUCGGCAAGAAUGGGUCGCCCCGAUCCAAAAGUCGCAAAGCGAGGCCCGAGAUGAAGAGCUCGGAAUCGCCGGGUCCGACCGAGGGUGAGGCAGCUAGCACGGCUUCCGGGGCAGAGAAGGACGGCAGGCUGCCGCUGCCCGAAGGCUGGGUUUAUAUCGAAGAGGAGGAUCUCGCAAAGCUUAGGGACAUGAUAUCUUCCAAUUCCGUGGCGAGCUUUGCCGGUAUCGGCUCUGGUCCGCUAAACGUGGUUGACAAGCUAAGAAAGACCGGGGUCCCCGAGGAUUUUCUACACAUAAUCAAGCGCGAAAAGGAAUUUGGCGUGGCGGAUGCUGCCAGGCUUUUAAAGUCUGUCAACGCCCUAUCCAAGAGAAUAGCCGAACUUGAGGCUUCGGGGCAGAUCGACUUCAAAAACUCUAGUGCCUACGCCAAACCCCCUUCGCCGGAACAGAGGGAAGGGGGGGAGAGGCCGCGGGGACGGGAGCGAAAGCGGGAACAGGGCCAGGAACAAGAAAAUGCACAGGAGAAGGAGAAGGAGAAGGAAAAGGAAAAGGGCCAGAGGCAGGGACAGCAGAGAGAUUAUCAGCAACGAUCCCAGCAAGGCGACAAGGAUUUCGGUGGCUUCGGCUCCAAGAAACCCCCCCCACCUCCUGAGAAUACCCCGAUGAGGAGUAAUGACUGGCUGACAACUAUCGUGGGCUCCGCUAUCGCUUAUUGGCUAUACAAUUCCAUAUUCGAAGAGAGCGGUCGGGAAAUAACAUGGCAAGAGCUAAGGCGGAAUUUCCUAGACAAGGGUCUCGUCGAGAAGAUGAUCGUUCAAGGCCACACGGUCCGUGUCGAACUCAACCGCGAUGCGGUCCGAUCUAUGUAUCCCGACUCGGUCGCGAUGCGCCCCGGAUUCAGCUACUAUUUCUCUAUCGCUUCUGUCGAAGCUUUCGAGAGGCGCCUGGACGAGGCCCAGAGCGAGCUCGGAAUCCCCAGUAGCGAGAGGAUACCGGUGAGUUACACCGGCGAGAGCCCUUUUGUGAACCUCCUCAUGGCGUUUGGACCUACGCUAUUGCUCGUCGGGUUGCUCGUCUGGGCUGGACGGCGUGGCCCUGGUGGCGCUGGCGGAUCCAGCGGCAUAUUUGGAUUCGGUAAGAGCAAGGCCAAGCGGUUCAGCCACGAGACGGCUAUCAAGGUCAAGUUUUCCGAUGUCGCUGGUAUGGACGAAGCGAAGCAGGAGAUUAUGGAGUUUGUCAGCUUCCUCAAGAAGCCAGAUAGGUUCCAGAGACUCGGUGCUAAGAUUCCUCGCGGCGCCAUUCUCGCCGGACCCCCGGGUACGGGCAAGACGCUCCUUGCCAAAGCGACCGCAGGCGAAUCGGGGGUACCCUUCUUCAGCGUCAGCGGCUCCGAAUUCGUUGAGAUGUUCGUCGGCGUUGGCGCCUCUCGAGUGAGAGACCUCUUCGCCACAGCGCGCAAGCAUACGCCCUGUAUAAUAUUCAUCGACGAAAUCGAUGCCAUCGGUAGGUCUCGUUCCGAGGGGCAGAGGUUCGGAGGCAACGACGAACGAGAAGCCACCCUUAAUCAGAUCCUCACGGAGAUGGAUGGAUUCAACACCACCGAUCAGAUCGUCGUCCUCGCCGGAACUAACCGACCGGACAUUCUCGACAAGGCACUAAUGCGGCCUGGCCGAUUCGAUCGACAUAUUAAUAUCGACGCGCCAACGAUGAAAGGGCGGCAGGAAAUCUUCAAAGUAUACCUCAAAAAAAUCAUAACCAACGAAGAGAUGGAAUUUCUAAGUGGCCGGCUCGCGUCCCUCACGCCAGGCUUUGCCGGUGCGGACAUUGCGAACUGCGUAAACGAAGCCGCUCUCAUCGCCGCGAGGGGCAAUGCGAUGUCUGUCACCUUACAGCAUUUCGAGCAGGCCGUCGAAAGGGUCAUUGGCGGUCUCGAGCGCAAAUCCCUUGUCCUGAAUCCGACGGAGAAGAAGACGGUGGCCUAUCACGAAGCCGGGCACGCCAUCUGCGGUUGGUUCUUUAGAUAUGCCGACCCUCUCCUCAAGGUUUCGAUCAUACCGCGAGGAAAGGGCCUCGGGUACGCGCAAUACUUACCAGGAGAUGCGUACCUAAUGACCUACGAGCAACUAAUGGAUCGGAUGGCGAUGACGUUAGGCGGCCGGAUCUCGGAGGAAAUCCACUUUCCAACGGUCACGACGGGGGCUAGUGAUGAUUUCGACAAGGUCACCCGCAUGGCUACGCAAAUGGUAACGCAAUGGGGCAUGUCGGAAAAAGUUGGGCCGCUGCAUUUCCGCAACGACGAGAACAGGGUACACAAGCCCUUCUCGGAGUCGACGGGCCAGAUCAUCGACGCCGAGGUGAGACGGAUCGUAGAGCAGGCCUACAAGAAGUGCAAGGACCUCCUGCUCGAGAAGAAGAAAGAGGUGGGACUGAUUGCGGAGGAGUUGUUGAGGAAGGAAGUGCUCGUCCGGGACGAUAUGGUUCGCUUAUUAGGCCCACGGCCGUUUGACGACAGAGACGACUUCAGCAAGUAUUUUGGUGGCGGGGGUAAGGCUCACAGGGCUCCCUCGCCGCCAACGCCGCCACCAUCACCGCCACCAUCGCCGCCGGAGCUUCCAGAUACCCCUGAGUCUCCCAGCCCGGCAUUCAGGCCAGUCGACGACAAGGAGGCGAGGUAGCUCUGCUUUGAUCGCGAUGUCUAUAUGCAACUCGGGGCCAUCGAGGGCCAUUUCAUCACGAUAUCUGAUGACCGCCCGAGGCUCUCAACUCAUCCUGUGUAUAUUUCUACCGCUACGGCUGGGAAGGAAAAGCGCAUUACGUGGCGCGGCCUAUAUCUAUUGUGUAAUACUUAGAUAGAAGUCUCAUUAUGGCAUGGCAUCGGACUGGCGGGGGUGGGAUGUCCAAAAAAAGAGAGAAGUUUUACGAUGAAUGAGGCGAAUACCAUGAAGCGUGUGUCUUUGCGCCCCUCUCCUAACAGACGAGUUUUUAUUGCCAUACUAAGGUCUCGUCGUCUCUCUCCAUAUUCUCUAGUUACUUAUAUGUCGAGUUCUGGUGGGGGACUAUUUACAGGGAUAAUCAGUAGAACUGCGUAUUCCAGCUCCUAUGAGGAUGCCCUAGCCAAGGC